GCGAACGCAGCCGGGGUUCGGAGCACAGCAGCUUUACGUUCCCGCGCUCCCUAGGCCGGAAGUCACGUGACACGGGGCUGCGCUGCAGAGAGCUGGCGAGCUGAUGCUGGGUCUAUCAGUUACAGCGCCACAACUGCGGCUCCGGCUCCGGUCUGCACCCAGAGCGACCGUCGCAGGGACUCUGGGCCGUUGUCAUGGAGGACGGCUGCCCGCGCAUCCGCCGGCGGGUGUCUGUCCGCAAAAGGAACCGCGGCAACCCGACCCCGGCAGAGCUCCAGGCCCCCGAGGACACUGAGGACGAAGCUGCAGCCGAGAGCCGCCGCCGGAAAACCGGGAGCCCCGAGAACGCCCAGGAAAAUGACAGCGAAGAGGACAUGUUUGGUGACUAUGACAGCUUUACAGAAAAUUCCUUCUUGGCUCAAGUUGAUGACCUGGAACAGAGAUAUAUGCUGCUGCCUGGAUGUGAGACCCAUGAUACAGACUCUGGCACCAAAGCCCUUUGUUCGGAAGGCAUCAAAACCAAUCUGAGUGUUCCUACUGUAACCGACUUUUCUGACUCGGAAACUAGAGAGCAGAUAAAGAAGCAGAGUGAUCUAGAUGUCCCUCCUGAGCCAGAACCUGCAAGUGAUCUUUCCUUUGACAUGCCUUCUUCUCAAAUUCUAUACUUUGAAAAUAUGCAGAACUCUUCCAAAGCUUUGGGCGAUCAGCCUAUUAAGGAAAGAGAUGGGAACUCACAUAAGUCAUCACAUGAAGAAUUGGCCUAUAGCCACAUAGAGCAACCCCAGCAAAAUAAUGACUUCUCUAACGCCAGAGCUUCUUCAGAGACGAGCAGGAGAAGAAGUAUUAAAGACCAUCUGAAAAGUGCCAUGGCUGGGAAUGCCAGGGCCCAGACCCCAGUAUUUCCCAGGAGUAAACAACUCAGAGAGAUGCUCCUGUCCGAGGAGAUCAGUGUUGCUAAGAAAGCCAUUGAGUCACCGUCAGAUGAUCUUGGUCCUUUUUAUUCGCUACCCAGCAAAGUGAGAGACCUUUACGUUCAGUUGAAAGGAAUCAAAAAAUUAUAUGACUGGCAACAUACUUGUUUAACGCUAAGAUCUGUGCAAGAAAGAAAAAAUUUAAUAUAUUCCUUGCCAACGAGUGGCGGAAAAACCCUUGUGGCUGAGAUCUUAAUGCUGCAAGAACUGCUCUGCCGACAGAAAGAUGUCUUAAUGAUCCUUCCGUAUGUGGCAAUUGUCCAAGAAAAGAUUUCCAGCUUGUCGAGUUUUGGCAUAGAACUUGGUUUCUUUGUUGAAGAAUAUGCUGGAAGCAAAGGAAGAUUUCCUCCAGUUAAAAGGAGGGAGAAGAAAUCGCUGUAUAUCGCCACGAUUGAGAAAGGGCAUAGCCUGGUGAACGCCUUGAUCGAGACCGGAAGGAUCAGCGCUCUAGGUCUGGUUGUCGUCGAUGAGUUGCACAUGAUUGGUGAAGGGAGCCGUGGUGCCAUACUGGAGAUGACCCUGGCAAAAGUCCUCUACACCAGCAAAACAACUCAGAUUAUCGGCAUGAGUGCAACAUUAAACAACGUAGAAGACCUACAGGCGUUCCUUAAAGCUGAGUAUUACAGCAGUCAGUUCAGACCAGUCGAAUUAAAAGAAUUCCUGAAAAUAAACGACACAAUCUAUGAGGUAGACAGCCGGGCUGCGGACAGCCUGACCUUUUCACGGCUCCUGAAUUAUAAGUACUCAGACACCCUGAAGAAGAUGGAUCCUGACCGCUUGGUAGCAUUGGUGACAGAAGUUAUUCCUAACUACUCCUGCCUGGUUUUUUGUCCCAGUAAGAAGAACUGUGAAAAUGUAGCAGAAAUGUUGUGCAGGUUUUUAAGCAAGGACUAUUUGAACCACAGAGAGAAAGAAAAAUGCGAAUUGAUUAAAAACUUGAGGAAUGUCGGCCAUGGUAAAGUGUGUCCUGUCCUGAAGCGCACCAUCUCUUUCGGCGUUGCCUAUCACCACAGCGGUCUAACUAGUGACGAGCGGAAGCUUCUGGAAGAGGCGUACUCCACGGGUGUGCUCUGUCUCCUCACCUGCACGUCCACCCUGGCAGCAGGCGUCAAUCUGCCGGCGCGGAGAGUCAUCUUAAGAGCUCCCUACGUGGCUAACUCGUUCUUAAAGAGGAAUCAGUACAAGCAGAUGACUGGCAGGGCUGGCCGUGCUGGCAUAGACACUGCCGGGGAGAGCAUCCUGCUGCUACAAGAGAAGGACAAGCAGCAGGUCCUGGAACUAAUAAACGGACCACUGGAAAACUGCUACAGCCAUCUUGUUGAGGAAUUCACCAAGGGAAUCCAGAGUUUGUUUCUCUCCUUAAUUGGUCUGAAGAUUGCAGCAAGUCUUGGUGACAUAUAUCAGUUUAUGAAUGGUACACUUUUUGGUGUUCAGCAAAAGAUUUUAUUGAAAGAAAAAAGUCUCUGGGAAAUAACUGUUGACGCUCUUGAACACCUGACAGAGAAAGGACUUCUACAAAAAGACAGCCAUGCUGACAACGGGGGCUUACAGUGUCACUUCCAGAUUACAAAACUGGGCCAAGCUUCUCUUAAGGGAGCCAUUGAUUUAGCCUAUUGUGACACUCUGUACAAGGACUUGAAGAAAGGUCUAGAAGGACUUGUACUGGAGAGCCUUCUUCAUCUGGUCUACCUAACCACUCCCUAUGACCUUGCUGCCCAGUCUGAGCCUGACUGGAUGGUGUAUUUCAGGCAGUUUAGUCAACUCAGCCCAGCAGAGCAAAAUGUAGCUGUUCUUCUCGGAGUCUCCGAAAGCUUCAUUGGGAAAAAAGCAUCGGGACAAGCCAUCAGAAAGAAAGUGGACAAGAGUGUUGUCAGCAGACUCUAUCUGUCGUUUGUGCUUUAUUCCUUGCUGAAAGAGACCAACGUUUGGAGUGUGUCUGAGAAAUUUAACAUGCCCCGAGGAUACAUACAGAAUCUGCUUACGGGAGCUGCCUCGUUCUCGUCCUGCGUGUUACACUUCUGUGAGGAGCUGGAGGAAUUUUGGGUUUACAAAGCCCUUUUGGUGGAACUCACCAAGAAACUGACAUACUGCGUGAAGGCGGAGCUAAUCCCUCUCAUGGAAGUGACUGGGGUCUUAGAGGUCCUGUGGAGGAGCAGAGCCGAUGGAUUCAGCACACAGAAACAAAGGACUUGGUAGCUGGGUCUGCAGUGCGGCUGGGCCAGGACCUGAACCGCAGCAGUUCCCGGCUGCUGCGGAAAACCUGGGGAUUCCUGGAGAGCUGCUGAUUCUCACACUGAAGACUGAGGAAGCUGGGCUGCAACAGCAGGGAGGGAUGGUGGCAGCAGAUGCAGGGUAGAUGCAGUCAGCAACAGAGCAAAGUUGGGCAUGCAGGGAUAGUCUCUUGGGCACUGUGUAACAGCAUCACUCGCAGUAAAGAGCUGGGUGGCCAGUAGCCUGGCAGGAGAGAACAGGUGGGACUUGUGGGAGAAAGAGGAACUCUGGGAGAGAGGCAGGAAGAUUACCACCACCCAGACUCAGGAAGGCAGAUGGAUGUGUGAAACCGAGGAAAAUAACCAUCCACACGGCAGACAUGGAACAGUGUAAAUGGGCUGAUAGAAGUUCAGAGCUAGUGAGAAGCAAGCCUGAGCUAAGGCCAUAAGCAUUGUUAGUUAACUAAGGCUUGGUGUCACUCAGGCCCCAUACUUCCACAUGGGCAGGCAGAGCAGCCCUUUCCCUGCUUUCCCACAAACCUCCCUCUCCCCUCCCAACCUUUCUUGGCUUCUUGAAACAGGGUUUCUCUUUGUAGUCCUGUAUGUCCUUGAAUUCUCUCUUCAGACUAGGCUGGCCUCAAAGUCAGAGUUCCGCCUGCCUCUGCCUCUGAGUGCUGGGAUUUAAGGUGUGCAACACCACUGCCCGGCUUCCCUCCAGCCUCUCUGCCUGGACUGCUGGCAGACGGUAGAAAGUACUGCCUACUCUAGGGUCUUUCCCUUCAGUCAGUCCUUCCAGACCUUCCUAGACAUGAGACUCAGCGGUCCCAGAUCACCCAGAAGUCUUUUUCAUUUCCUUCUUUUUAAAUAAGAUAAUGCCAUGGCCUCCCAGGAAGCCAUUGCUAUUUGAGAAACAGAUACGAUGAAAGAUCUCAGUUAUGCAAACUGGGCUCUCCCCCAAGAAUGUGCAUCCUUUGUCUUAACCAUAGCUCCUCUUUCUCUACUGGAGUAAAGAGUUACUUUCUGUCAGUUUGUACACAGCGCAGUGACGGACGGCAGGAAGGUCAUUUACAUCCUCUGAGACAGUGGGGAGAAAGGACCCUCGGUUGAGUGUCAGCUUUCUGCUAGCAACACAUCAGCUUCAGUCCUUCCUGUCUUCUGCGUUUCAUUCUACUUAGGAAGCGCAGGCACAUGCGUGUACCCGUGCACACACACAUCGACACACACGUGUAAGAGCGCCCACUGACAGGGUCUCCUGAGUGCAGAAUGAGAGUACUUGAGGGUGUUGUGAUCAUAAAAAGAGAAAGAGCUCUAAGAAUAUGUGGUGGGCCCAUGCCGAGGCAUCCCUUCCCCCUGAGGGACCAGACAGAA